CCCGGCGCAUCUUGAGCCAAGAUGGCGGCGGGUUACUGAGAAGUGGUUUGGCUGAAAGAAAGUCUUGAGUUUAGGACCUCCCUUACUUAGUCUGGACAGCAGAAGUAGAGCAGGGAGACAUUUUUUUUUUUUAAACACCCACAGAGAAGCCAGGAAAGCAGCAUCAUGGCAAGCCAUACUUUCCGCUCCUGCACUUUUGGGCUCCAUUGUGAUCUUAAAGUCACUUUCUUAAAUGAUUCAGUUCCCAGGAGCAAGAGGCACUUAGAAGAGUUUGAAGACGGAAAUCGGGCAGAUGUGAAGAGACAGCGCUAUAUGAAAAGCUGCAGCUCAUCAUCUCUGUUACCUUCAUUUCAUUCGUCCCCAAGCAAUGGAAUAGCAACUUCUCCCAUCUGUUCAGUUGCCACCAGUGGAUGCUGUGUUGAUAGUGACGAUGACGCAUUGCUUGAGCCCUCAUUUGGGGAAAAACUAGACUCGCCCACUGGACUCUCCCUCGAAGCUGAGGAAAAGCUCUUGUCAGAUGAUCUGGAGACCUCCCCAAAUUCCAUAGUAUAUGGACUAAACACACAGAAAGUGGAAAGUGUUUCUAUGUUGGCAUCUCUUAAAGUAGCGCAGCUUCCUAGGGCUCUAGAUAAGACUGGCCCUUCAGCCUCCUCCAGCAGUGGUGAUGCUUGCAAGAAACACUUUGGGAAUCUGGCAAGUGAGAGCUAUUUGAACAAGAGAUUUCAGAAUCAAGCUGGACUUGGUUUGGGUUCAAAUAGUCCCAUGGUUGCAGAAGCUGCUCCAGUUAUUGAAGCAGCUUCUUUGAGUGAAGAUGAGAAUGUUGUGUCUGGGGUCACGGAUAAGGCAGUGAGAGAGGAUUCACAAGCAGCAAGCCAGCAAACGGCUGAGCACGCAUCAACUAAUGCGGUAGCUGAAGGGCUCUCUGAAGGACAGGCUUUCACGAAACAAAACGAGAGAGGAGGUCACAGUACAAAUGACUUGCCACAUGAGGCUGAAGGAGAGUCAGCUUCUGCCAGCUCACGUGGGGAAGCGGCACCACCCAACUCUGUCAGUGACCGAAGAGAGGCUCGGGUGGAAGAUCCCAGUGCCAAAGAACCAAAGAGGCCUAAGCGAAUAUGCAUUCAAGAGGCAGACCUCGAGUCAAGCAAAGAAAAAUACAUCUACGCCGUACUUAACCAUGCUAGUCGUGCUGCACCCGCAAUUGGGGAGGUGAAUGAACUGCACACAUUAAUGAGGAAGGUGGCUUCUCAAAAACAUCUUACUGGAUACGUGCACCCAACAGACCUCACCGUCAGAAAUUAUGCUCAGAGAAGCAACCGCACAACCCAGCGAUUCAGCCUUAGCCAGUGGGUUGACAGGAGCAACCGCAACGUCGGUCGGUUUGACUCUGUCCCUGAUCGCUUUGAGCGCAGUCCGAUCCUGACCUAGAAGCAGCAGCCUCGCUACUGACGUUAAAGUUACGUUUUUAUCUUGCACUUUAAAAGCUGUUUAGCUGCUGACAGCUCAGCUUGCUGACCUGUUACAUUUUGUUUUGUUUUAUUUUUUAAAGCUAAACCCUGUUUAGUAUGUGUUUUUGUUAGAAAUACCAGCGAACUUCCUCGCUGCCUAAUGUUUGUCUGUUUGGCGAGUUCAAGCUCUCACUAUUCUGUUUGAUAAUGCACCUUGAUAACUUUUAUAAAUGUUUGUGCCUUUUAAGUA